AUGGCGGUAGCUACUGAAGCAUCGUUACUGGACUGCGAGAUGUCCAUCAAAACUAUCCGCCUUGAGAAGGAGUACGAAAAGUCUCUUGCGGACUCCGCACGCCUUCUGGAUGCUGAAAAGGAUCGCGUUCGGCGCAUGGAACAGCUACUACUCCAAUUUGAGAGUGAAACGCUGCGAUCACAGCUCGAUCGAGCUCAUGAGCAACUACUUGUAACCACUCAGGCGGAGUCCGAGGCGUGCCUUCAACUGGACGAAGCUUACCAGGAAAUUGAUCGCUUGGAUCUUCACGUGCAAAGCUCAUUAAAGGAAGUCGAGAAGCUGAAGCAGCAGGGCGAACUGUCGACCUUGAAUAACACUUCGACCGGUUACAAUACUCUCCUUACCGAAAAGCUCCACCUGUCCCGAGAUAUUUCCCAUUUCGAAUCCGAAAUCAAACGGCUCAAAUCACAGAACAACUCCCACCAAGCGCUUGUUGCGGAGAAGCAUGAGAUGGAACGGCAAUUGAAUUCGUUGGAAAUUCAGCUCGAGAACGAAAAACAUGCCCACGAACGUACACGAGCGAAAAGCACUCAGCAGGCAACUGAGAUUGACAGGCUUUCGGCUCGAAUCGAUGAUUUGCAGAGCGAACUCACCAAAGAAUUGCACGCAAAGCAACAGCACGAACGCGAAAACCAACAGCAAAGUGUGGGAUGGGAAAGCCAGCGGUCAGUGCUCGAGGGAAAGGUUGAUACGUUGAAGAAGCAGCUCCGAUCAGCCAAGGACAAGCUACAAGAAACUCAGCAGGAGUUGCAGCAAAGACGAAUAAAUAGCAUGAGCAACGAGGGUGAUGGUACUGAGUCGAGAUCACGGGCCGUUCCUCUCCAGCGUCCUGGCCCAAGUGCGGAUUAUCAUAGUGGUGUGACAAUUGCAACGCCCGGGGCCGUCCGAGUGAAGGAAAAGAGCCAAAAGCCAUCCGCAUUGCCUGGCGAGAAAUCAGUGUUUUCCAUUACGCCCUUUUUGAACCGGACCGGUGGCCCGACGAAAGAUUCACCGAGUAGUUCGGAAGCAGAAGAAGAUCCCAUGGAUGUUACGUUGGACGAAUCAAAUGCUUCAUUCCGCAAAGCCCGGGCUAUCGAUGAGCCAAGUGGCAUUGAUGCCGCUUUGGAUGACAGACCUGGUCCCACACAGGCCCCACCUCCUAAAGCUAGAGCAGGAAAACUCAAGACAAAGGCGCGCGACGCAAAGCCUGCCGCGCCGAGACCGACACAUGGAUCUAAAAAAUCCGGCAUAGAACAUGCCGAUAUGUCUGACGACGCCAUUGAUCCAUUUAUUGAACAAGGACAGGCCAAGCCAAGGAAGCGCAAGCUCGGGGCUCAGCGAGAUCGAAACCUGUUCGAGGGGGAUGAAGAAGAGGACAUGUUGGACAACAGAAAGCCGGGACGCAAGGUUGGCCUGGGAGCAGGUCGAAAUUCUGUGCUCGCGACAACCGCUAUCUCCAGUACCGCAGCUGGUGACCGAGGACCCCGUGCCCUUGGAUUUGGAGGAUUUUCUCCCCUUAAGCGCGAUCGCAAGCGACUAUAG